GAGCUCCCAGCGCCCCGGAGGCUCCGAGCCCCGGUCACAGCCCGGCGGGGACAGGCGUGGCCCGGCCGGGACCAAGCAGCGCCUCUGGUCCCCGAGCAGCCCGGAGCGGCCGGAGCUCGGCGCGGGCCGUGCUGCACCGAGCAGGGAGGGCGCGCACAGCACCCUCUGCUCUGCUCUCUGCAGUUUCCUCCCUGCAAUUCCUUCGCUUCCUUCCCUGCUCGGCAGCACGGUGAGGAUGGACGCUGGCUCGGCCGGGCUGCUCGUCGCUCUGCUCCUCCUCCUCCUCUCCUUCCUGUGGUUCCUGGUCUGGAGGAGUGACCCCAAGAGGAGCCGCCUGCCUCCUGGCCCAGCUCCGUGGCCCAUCCUGGGCAACCUGGGGCAGAAGGAUGUCCUGCCCCUGUACAAGCACUACGAGAAGCUCAGCAGCACCUACGGCCCCAUCUUCACCGUGUGGCUGGGGCUGAAGCCGAUGGUGGUGCUCUGCGGGUACGAGGCGGUGAAGGACGCCCUGGUGGGACACUCCGAGGAGUUUGGGGGCAGACCCUCCAUCCCCCUCCUGAUGCAGCUCUCCAAAGACUACGGAUUUGUCUCCAACGAUGAGAAGAAGUGGCGGGAGCUGCGGAGGUUCACACUCAGCACCCUGCGGGACUUCGGCAUGGGGAAGAGCUCCAUGUCCCAGAAGGUGCAGCAGGAGGCUCAGCACCUGGUGGAGCUGCUGGCAGAGCUCAAAGGCAAUGCCUUUGAGCCCAUGACCAUGUUCAGACACGCCGUGUCCAACGUGAUCUGCUCCGUGGUCUUCGGGAGCCGCUACAGCUACAGCGACGCGGCUUUCCUGGAGCUGCUCAACGCCAUCGGGAACUACAUCAGCUUCUUCCUGUCCCCCGUGGCCAAGGUGUACAACACCUUCCCCAGCAUCAUGGACCGGCUCCCGGGGCCGCACAAGAAGGUCCUGGCCGACUGCCAGAAGCUGAAGGACCACAUCCAGGAGAAGGUGCAGUUCCACCAGCUGACUCUGGACUCCAGCUGCCCGCGGGACUACAUCGACUGUUUCCUGAUAAGAGCAGAGAAGGAGAAAGACAGCCCAGAGAAGAUGUACAGCCACGAAGACCUGGUCAUGUCUGUGUUCAACCUCUUCGGGGCCGGGACGGUGACGACCAGCAACACCCUGGUGUUCUUCCUGCUGAUGCUGGCAAAGCACCCCCACAUCCAAGCCAAGGUCCAGGAGGAGAUCGAUGCCGUGGUGGGCACUGGCCGUGCCCCCAGCACGGAGGACAAGCUGCGGAUGCCCUACACCAACGCCGUGAUCCACGAGCUGCAGCGCUUCCACAAGUCCCGCAUCGAGAACUUCCCGCGCAUGGCGACGCAGGACGUCCUGUUCCGGGGCUACUCCAUCCCCAAGGGCACUCCUGUUAUUCCGGUACUUUCCUCUGUGCAUUCGGAUCCAACCCAGUGGGAGAACCCCAAAAAAGUGGACCCCACACACUUCCUGGAUGAGAAGGGCGAGUUCAGGAAGCGCGAGGCUUUCAUGGCAUUCUCAGCAGGGAAGCGGAUGUGCCCGGGGGAGGCGCUGGCCCGCAUCGAGCUCUUCCUGUUCAUCACCACGCUGCUGCAGAGCUUCACCUUCCAGCUGGUCACGGAGCACAGGGAGCUGGAUUUGUUCUCCCUGUGGCUCGAGAUCGAGAGGAGGGCGAUCCCGGGCAAGUUCUUCGCUCUCCCACGCUCGGUGUCCUCCUGAGCUGGGAGAGCAGCACAAGGAAAGGCUCUCCAGGUGCCUCCAGCCCUGCCCCAGAGCGAGCCCUGUGGCCACGAGGGCACAGCCACCACAGGAGGGACACUUUGGGCUUGGAGCUUCUCUUCUGAGAACUGUCAGGCACCUGUGCCACCAGCUCCACGAGCAGCCUGCUCCCAGCCCUUCCCUCCCCAUCCCAGGAACACGAGGAAGGUGGCAGUGCUUCUCCUCCCCCAUCCCAUCCCAUCCCAUCCCCAAUCCCAUCCCAUUCCCAAUCCCAUCCCAUCCCUGCUAUUUGAGCUCCUCCUGGCAGGGCUCCCUGGGGCUCCUGGCUGGGCGGGGGCUCCCUCAGUUUGGUGAAGCAUUCAGAGCAAUAAACAUAGCCAUCACAACAGGAUGCUGGUGUUUAUAAGAA